UAUACAAAUAUAUAUAUAACAUAUAUAUAUAUAUAUAAUAAAUAAUAGGAAUAAAAAGAAAAAAGAACAUUAGAGUUGGCCCGUUUCCUGGGUGACCACGCGAGAUUAUCGAUCGCGGAUCCUUGAACGGUCAUGAAAGGAGGAAGGUCGAUUUUUUAUUGGACUAGCGUGUCCAUUGGUGUUGUUGGAUCAAAGUGGUCGAACUCGAGGAUCAUUUUUGGUGUUAGUAUCGUUUGACCGAUUGAACAAGAAGAGAGGAACCUAAACGACGACUAUCAUGCAUCUUCAUUUCGAGAAGAACAAUAACGCCAAGUGCGAUUGUAAUAUUUUAUCCCUCAGUUGGAUGGGCAAAGUACCGGACGAGUCACCUGAGGACGAGGGAUGGAAGCUUGACCGUACAAAUUACUAUCAGGAAGGUUGGUUAGCUACCGGGAAUGCUCGUGGUCUUGUCGGUGUGACAUUUACUACUUCGCAUUGUCGUACCAGAGCUGCAGAACUUCCGUUACGAGCAAACUACAACCUUCGUGGUCAUCGUAGCGAGGUAAUAUUCGUGAAAUGGAACGAGCCCUAUCAGAAGUUAGCAUCGUGUGACAGUUCAGGCGUAAUCUUCGUUUGGAUAAAAUAUGAAGGAAGAUGGAGUAUAGAAUUAAUAAACGAUAGGAACACCCCAGUAACACAUUUCUCUUGGUCUCACGACGGUCGUAUGGCUCUUAUAUGUUAUCGGGAUGGUUUCGUACUAGUUGGCAGUGUUGGUGGUCAAAGAUAUUGGUCGUCAAUGCUGAAUGGUAAAGCAACGAUAACUUGCGGAAUUUGGACACCGGAUGACCAACAGGUUUAUUUUGGAACAACGGCCGGGCAAUUGAUUGUGAUGGAUGUUCAUGGUGCAAUGGUAUCGGAGGUACAAUUAGGAGCAGGUGUAACAUCGAUGGCCUGGAGCGCUGAAAAAUUUACAAUGGAAGAAGGUGACGAAGAUUUUACUAGCGAUAGAUCAAGAAGAGACGAACGUAAUUACGUGUUAGCUGUUUGCCUCGCUGACGGUAACAUAGUCAUGUUACGUUCAUUCGACGACGUAUCACCGAUCACUAUAUUUACCAACUUAAAAACACCUUUACACGCAGAAUGGAGUAAUUCGAGAAAGCUCUUAGCAAUAGCAGGAACUAAAGAAUCGGAUUCCCUAGUUCAAAAUAAUUUCCAAGAAUAUACGAACCUGUUAAAAUUUUAUUCAGUGAACGGUACCCUCGUUUACACAACGACGAUUCCAUACACGCAGUGCCCUGUAUCGGCGUUAACCUGGGGUCAUAACGACCGAAGACUCUUCGUAGCAACUGGUGCAAGAGUACAUGCGGCAUGGGUGUCCAGGAGGGUCGGUUCGUUGCAGUUGCUAUCUAGAUUAGCAGUGAGGGCUGCCCUCACGAGAGAGUCCAGUGUCCAACAACUUCCUUUGCCACCGAGAUUAAGAGCAUCGGUAGCUGCAUUGUUCGCCAGUACAAUACGAUGUCCAGUACCAGAGCCAAGAGAAUUAAGACGUUUUGUAUCAAGGCCACCACCUGGAAGUGGAAGAUUACAUUGUACAAUGCUUAGACAUGCUAUAGAACCUAUACCUUGUUAUACAUUAUAUUUGGAAUAUCUAGGUGGUCUUGUGCCAUUAUUGAAAGGCCGAAGAACUAGUAAAAUUAGACCAGAAUUUGUAAUAUUCGAUCCUCAGAAUCAAGAUACUUUGCAAUUAUUUGACGAUGUUUCACAAUGUCCUUCGUUCAGUGAUGGCUCCGAUACGGAAAGGGACACUGCUGAUUUGUGUAGUUCACCAAGAAAUCGUCGAAAAAAUAGAAGAAGAAGGGAAGAAAAAAGUAUCGAGGAAAGUGACGAUUUAACUUACGUCGACACUUUACCCGAGCACGCAAGACUGGUUGAAGUUACCUCGAAUAUCUGGGGCACGAAAUUUAAAUUCCAUGGGUUGGCUGAUUCUGUACCAGCUAACUUAGGUCAAGUUACUUAUCGUACAUCAUUGUUACAUUUGCAACCAAGGCAAAUGACAUUGGUGAUCACGGAAUUGAGAGAUGAUUUACCUGCAGGUCCAGAUCCAAGUUUCAACCCAAAUCUUUUUUCCGAGGAUGAAGAAGAAACAUUUCAGGAUCUUCAAGGAACUUCUAGAACAACAUCGGAAACCCAGCCACCACCUAUAGCUCCGAUGACACCGCGUAACGCACGACUGAAUUCAAAUCGUCCAAAAUCUCAGAUCUCAAAUCAAUUUUUAACCACAGAAGCCUUACCCGCCUCAUUGGCACGCGUUGAAAGUUAUGAAAACGAGUUUCCUUAUGUAGAUCUUCAAGAGAUGACGAAUUUGUACGAGAAUAUACGAAGUGCACCUACAAAUACCUAUCGUACACCACCGAGACAUAAUCCACCAAGAUGUUGCGACGUUCCGGCUUUACAAUCGCCUAAAAAUGCAGUUGCACCGACACAAACAUUGAUAGCUACGUCGAAUAAUGGUACAGAUUACUCGAGUAAUAUUCAAAGAGUUAAAACAGCGUUAGCUGAUCAACAAAAUAAUGGUAUGGUUACGAAAAAGGAACUUGAGAAUAAUAAGUUUAAUCAGAUAUCUCAGGAAGAUAAAACGAGCCUAAAUUCUGGUUCAUCGAACAUUAUUCCUACGUCCAUGCACAAUGGCCAAGUACCCUUAGGUGAAGCAUCCAGUUCACAAAAUUCCAUGUUAAAUAAUUUAGAUUCCGGUAACAAUUGUUCUCAGUCGCAAAUGAUUUAUAUGAAUGGAUUAAACAUCAUAACGUCAUGUUCGAGUAACGUCCUAAAUUCUAAUCACUCGAACAACGUGCAACAAAGCUGCCACGGUUUCUUACACGCUAGAAAUAAUCAGAACAACGGGACGAAUUUGAACAUUAGUCCUACGCAAAGUAAUUUAAAUCCGUUUCCAAAAAAUAAUAAUGAUUCGAACGGUUCGUCCAGUUUAUUACUUCCGUCUACGUGUUCCUAUCAGUUGUCCGAUCAUUCUGAUCACGAACAAUCAAGUUCAUAUUCGCUGUGUACGUUGGAACAACAGAAGGAAAACAAAUCUCAGGGUACUUUUGGAAAAAUCAAUAUUUCUAAUAAUCAAUCGAGUGGAAAGACAGAGGAACUUCGUUUUAUCGACGAGGAGAGUAGAGCUGAGGCUGACAUCGAACAAUUUCGUGGAGUACAUAGGACAUCAACGGUAGUUAGCAUCGGACCACUUUGUUCUAACGAUUCUAUAGUAAGAAGUUGUAGCGUUGGAUAUUUGGAUUUGGUCGAUGCACAGUUGGUUCCUUGCGACGUUGCCUUGAAUAUGUUGAGAAAGGAAGCACCUAAUAAGAGACUAGUAUUGGUUUCAAGAAAAACGAAAAGAAGGAAAAAAAAUCGGACGCAGCAUGAGAUUGGACAACAGAGUACUAAACCACCGAGACUUCGUAAUUGUGGUAAAUCGAAGAGUUUGGACUCUAGUGAUAUAUUUCCUAGUAACGAAUUGAUAUCAACUUCUCCUAAAUUACCUGAACACCUAGAGGAAGCAACGAACGUUGUUAAUUAUUCGGAGAUAUUAACUGAGGAAAAGUGCAGUGAUUCGAAUGUUGUAGCUUUAGGUGAGAUUACCAACGAUACUGUGAUUGAAUGUCAAAAGAAGAUACUUCAUGGUGACGAAGAAUCUUUCGUUAAAAAACCGAGUCGAUUAGAAACUUGCGCGUCUCCUGUUAGAGGUUCUAGUCCGAGUGGUUCACUAGCAUCAUCAUUGGAUGGUCUCGCAGCAAGACUUAGAGAUUUCGAUGAGAGUCAUUCCUUGCCACCACCUUCUCCUCGUCCAUCUCCAAGACUGCCAAGAAGUUCACCGAGCAGUCCAGCACCUUCGAAAAAAGGAAAGAGACCAGCUUCAGCUUCGCCAAUCAGAAGGAGACUUCUCUCGAGUCCUUUAUUAAGUAGGCGAAUACGAAAAAGUCGUGGUGAAAGUUCUGACGAGGAAGGACUUAUACAGGACGAUUCGUCCUCGAGUUAUCGAGACUUGGAAACGUUUCAGAAAGCACAACUUCGUCAAAAAUUAAAACAGAAGAGUGGAGGUCAUAAUGGUCAUAAACAAGAAUCAACCAGACGAGAACUUGUGAUGCACAAUAAAGCACCGAUGUGGAACGAGGCUAGUCAAGUGUACCAGCUUGAUUUUGGUGGUAGGGUUACCCAAGAGAGUGCGAAAAAUUUUCAAAUUGAAUUCCGUGGCAAACAGGUAAUGCAGUUUGGUCGAAUAGAUGGAAACGCCUACACGUUGGAUUUUCAAUACCCAUUCAGUGCAUUGCAAGCGUUUGCUGUUGCCUUGGCAAAUGUUACACAGCGGCUCAAGUAACCGUCACUCCCCAGUACCUCGUUCGAUAUAUAUCUCUACGAAAUUUGGAGUAUGAAUAUUAACGACACGAGAAGAAAAAGACUUACGUGUACACAAGACACACACACACACACACACACAUACACACACACCACACACCCUCACGUGUCUUUCGAUUAUAAAUGAUUUAAAAUAAUAGUCAUAUGGUCUAGAGAAUGAAGAAUAUAAUUAAGAAAAAAAAUGGAGAGAAGAAAAUACAAGAUCAUUUGAUACGUCGAAACGUGUCGUCGAGAAAAGAAAAAUAAAAAAAAAAAAA